AAGGAUCAAUCAGCUUGGGAUCUUCGCAUUAUUUCAAUUGUCUGCCUAUCUUUAUCCAUACUUUGUUUGGUGGCAACAAUUGUUGUACACGUUACGUUCUGGAAGCAUUUAAAAAGUGAGCGAACAACUUUGAUGAUUCAUUUAUGCGUUGGGUUAAUUCUCGCAUACCUUCUAUUCCUAAUUGGUAUCAACAGAACAAAGAACAAAAAACUUUGCACGGCAAUAGCAGUAUUUCUGCAUUAUAUUUUCCUUGUUGUAUUUGGUAUAAUGUUUGUACAUGGAAUCCAACUUGCCAUAGCAGUACAAUAUGUUUUCAAGACGAAAUUCAAUUUGAAAACUCUUCUUGCCAUAGCAUGGGGUUUACCAGCUGGUAUUGUUGCCAUUUCAAUGUGCGCGUCAAUGCUAGACGGCUAUGGGAAUAAGAAUCUAUGCUGGUUAACGUCAGACAAUGGGUUGAUCUGGUCAUUUGUUGGUCCAGCCAUUGCUAUUAUUUCUUUCAAUGCAAUAUGUCUAUGUCUGGUUAUACGUGCUAUCUAUCGUACAAGAGCAGUAAAGAUACAGCCAGUUGGCAAGAAAAUAAAAACAAGUAUAUGGGCACUGUGUGUAAUGCUUCCACUACUAGGAAUUACAUGGAUUGUUGGAAUGUUUUACAUGGGAGAUAAGUCAGACUCUGUACAGUACAUAUUUGCAGUUUUUAAUGGACUACAGGGAGUGUUCAUAUUUGUCUUUCACUGCGUCCUAAAUAAACAGGUUAAAAAAGCAAUGCGAGGAAAUGAACAGAAAGAGAAAGUAUCAUCAAGAAAAUUUACCCAAGAGGUGGUAGUAUAAAUGACGCAAAAAUCGACCACGGAAGAUCUGCUUCAUCGACAGAAUGUCUACAACUGCCCACAUUGAAUUCUACAGUUUCAGAAUGGGCGAUGACAAUUUAAUCACUUGAAAACUUUUUCAAAUCAAUAUGGAAAAUAAUAAUACAAGAAAGAUCUUAAUAUCAAAUCAUAUUAAUCUAAAUUUGUCGAGAUGAAAAGACAUUUAAUAAAAAUAUAUGCAGUUUAGUAGCAAUAAACAACAGAAUAUUAUAGGUGGGAAAAUGUUGCUACAGCUACAUAAUAGAGAUGUAUAAUAUAGAGAUGUAUCUAUCACAAAUUUGUAUUUUGUAAAGAGCUCUCAAAUUACAGUUUUAUAUAAUUUAUAAUAAGUAUGGCAAUGUAACAAAAAAAUUUAUUUAGAGCGUAUUUGAAUUUAUCUUUAUAUUAAGAUAUGAUUUUGAAUUUAUAGAAGAUUCUUCAAAUUCUGAUUGACUGUGUACUUAUUUCUCACUUUUAUGCAUCAAUUUGCUUUGAUUUUAAAUGAGCCGUGUCAUGACAAAACCAACAUAAUGGGUUUGCGACCAGCAUGGAUCCAGACCAGCCUGCGCAUCCGCGCAGUCUGAUCAGGAUCCAUGCUGUUCGCUAUUAGUUUCUCUACUUGUUAUAGAGUUUGUCAGCGAACAGGGUGGUCUGGAUCUAUGCUGGUCGAUAACCCUUUAUGUUGGUUUUGUCAUGACGCGGCUUAAAUGUAUCUAGUGAAAAAUGUUACGUCAAUUUAUUUUAU